AUGGGUUCGGAGCCGGAGGCCUCCACUCCGCCACGACCCGAAGCCACCCCCCAGAAGGAGGCCGCCAAACCCGCUGCAGCGACGGAUGCAGCGGCAGCAGCUCCGGACGUCGAGGCCGGGCCCUCACUAGUUGAGCCAGCAGCUGAGGGGGCUGCUGCCAUGGCGGAGACUGCAGCGCCAGAGGCAGCAGGGGCAGCGGAGAUCACGGCUCCGGAGGCCGCGGAGGCGGCGGCACCGGAGGCAGCGGCACUGGAGGGAGCAGAGGCGGCGGCACCGGGGGUCGCGGAAGUUGCCAGCAGCGCCGCUCCACCGGCGGAGGAGGAGGAAGAAACAGAGGUGGUGCUGGGAAGGCGCUCCUCCCAAGCACGGCAGAGAUCCCUCUCCCCCGGCUCAUAG